AUGGUAAAGAAGUUGAAAACCAAGAAUCCGUCGUUGUUGUAUGUUUGCGAUACUGUCAUGGGCGAUGGCGGUUGUUUAUAUGUGGCACCGGAGAUUGUGCCAUUGUACCGUCAAAUUAUGCAUAUUGCAGAUUUGGUCACACCGAAUCAAUUCGAAGCCGAAACACUGGCGGAAGUGAAAAUUGAUUCACUAGCCUCUGCCUGCCAGGCUGCAGAACAAUUGCAUACGUUUGGUUGUCCGCGAGUGGUCAUUACUUCAAUGGCUGUUCCAUUAUCCGAUAUUCCGGCCGACAUCCGUCUUCCCACCUCUUCCGAAGAUUCACUUUAUUGUUUAACCAGCGAGAAAACCUCUCAUGGUUUAGAACAGCAUAUUAUUGCCUUUCCCACCUACACUGGCUAUUUCACCGGAACAGGUGAUCUCUUUUCCGCUCUCAUGGUCGCUCGUUUACAGCAAGCCAACGAAACUGGAGCUUCGUUGGCUACCGCUGCAUUGCAAGUAGUGUCUUCGGUCAAUGCCGUAACCAAGAAGACCUGGUUAUACCAACGGAAAUAUGUCAACAUUACCAGUCAUGGUGAAGCCGAUCUCAUCGAACAGAAACCCAAUGCCCCGGACCUUAUUCGUCGAUGUGAAUUGCGUAUUGUCCAAGGAAAGCCCGAGAUAGAAGACCCCUCCUUAAUAGGCCAAGGUGUCAUCAAAAUGACUAGAUUGUAA